CUGCGCACGCGUCGGCUGCUGCUACUCUGUGAAAAAGGAUGGCGGCUUCUUCGAGUGGGGAGAAGGAGAAGGAACGGCCGGGAGGCUGCUUGGGGUCCGCCGUCGGUAACAGCACGCGAGAGCGACUAUUGUCUGCGCUGGAAGAUCUCGAGGUCUUGUCUAGGGAACUUAUAGAAAUGCUUGCUAUUUCAAGAAACCAAAAGUUGUUACAGCAGGGAGAAGAAAACCAGGUCCUGGAGUUGUUAAUUCAUCGAGAUGGGGAAUUUCAAGAACUUAUGAAAUUGGCUCUUAAUCAAGGAAAGAUCCAUCAUGAAAUGCAAGUUUUAGAAAAAGAGGUAGAAAAGAGAGACAGUGAUAUUCAACAACUGCAGAAACAGCUAAAGGAAGCAGAACAAAUACUGGCAACAGCUGUUUACCAAGCAAAAGAAAAACUUAAGUCAAUAGAAAAAGCAAGAAAAGGUGCUAUCUCCUCUGAAGAAAUAAUUAAAUAUGCACAUAGGAUCAGUGCAAGCAAUGCUGUGUGUGCCCCACUGACCUGGGUUCCAGGAGAUCCACGCAGACCAUACCCAACCGAUUUAGAGAUGAGAAGUGGAUUAUUGGGUCAGAUGAACAAUCCUUCCACUAAUGGUGUAAAUGGUCAUCUCCCAGGGGACGCCCUCGCAGCAGGCAGGCUGCCAGAUGUUCUUGCUCCACAGUAUCCAUGGCAGUCAAACGACAUGUCAAUGAACAUGUUACCACCAAAUCACAGCAAUGACUUUUUGUUGGAACCUCCUGGGCAUAAUAAGGAAAAUGAAGAUGAUGUAGAGGUUAUGUCCACGGACUCCUCAAGUAGUAGUAGUGACUCUGAUUAAAAAACUUAUGAGAUUGCACCUAGAACCGAAUACUCUAAGAUUUUCUUAAUAGUGGGAAAUAUAAACUGCACACUCCUAAGUGUAGCCAUGUAGACUGUGCAUCCUAUUAAAAUCAAAGUGGGUUUUGUUUGCAAGCCCCACACUGUGGUUUUAGUUCUAAUCUACUAGGCAGAUGUUGGGGACUAGUCAAAUUUACUGUUGUGAAAGUUGUUGAGCCAGUUCCAUGCUGGUCUGCCCUGUUCUGUUCUAGGUGUGCUGCUUUGGAAGCACAUGGUAGGGAGAUGAUCCAUGCACAUGUGUCACUAACCAGCAUCAGGAAAUAUUUAGAAAAGCAUUUUUCAAAAGUGGUGGGUUACUGCCAUGCAGAGUUUAGAGUACAAACAUAUCAGAGUGUAGUUUUUCAGCUGUGCCACAGUAAUAAGUUGUCAGUUGUAUUAUUUGUAAUUAUUGUUAUUUUAUAAAUAAAAUUGUUUUUGUUUGUACUUUGUUUUUUAAUUUAAAUACCUUAGUGGAGGUAAAACAUUGUUUGUUUGUUUUGCAAAUCCAGUAACAUUUCCAGAUACUUAGCUAGGAUUCUGCAGUGGUCAUGUCCAUGAUGUUGGAAUAUAUCUGACCCAGUAAUCCCAACUAGCAAGUUUCUCACUCCUUUUCUUAGAAGAAAUAAACUAUUUAUUAACAGAAUG